AUGUCCUUCUCAACGCUCGUUUGGGAGUAUCCCUCAUCUUCCUCAUCCUCCCCUCUAGUCCCUUCAGCUUCAGUUUCAGCUCCCUCUACCUCAGUAACAUCUCCUUCAACUUCACCGCAUGACUCAGGCUACCAAUUACAACCGGACGUUAUGCCUUUAGAAGUCACGCCAAAAUACUCUACACCUCCAGAUACAGUUGAUCCUGCAGAUAUCACGACCACUCCCAUUCACACUCCAUCAGCCAAGAAGAAAAAGCAGGUAGUAUUGCCAAACUACCCGGUAUACAUGCGGGAGGAAGACGACUGGACGAAAGUAGAAGACCCCAAGGAGAAGAAAAAGAUACAGAACCGUGUUGCUCAAAGAACAUACCGUCACCGUAUGAAGGCACGUCUUGGUGAGCUGCAAGCCCGUCUAGAAGGCCGGGAGCAGGAUAAAGCCCAACAGCCACUCCCAAAAAGCAGUGAUUCAUCUACUUCCGCAGCAGCGGUUCGCGGCUUUACAGCCAUCAAUCAAAUGCCAGGCAUCGAGUCUCCUCUGUCUCCUGUGUCUCAGAACAAAAGCUCUCCUAGCCAAGUGCUUUCUUUGAUGCAGCCGGCCGUGUACGAAGAGCCCACUGCUGAUGGGACAGAGCCCAUAUUCCCACCAAUACCUCGAAAUGACCUGAACAGUCCACCGCAAGCACAGACUCACCUAGAGGCUGGGGGCCUACUAUCUCCACCAAACCAACCUAUGGUAGAUCAAAUCUCCAGGCUGCCUCACGAAUUCGUACUCGACUGCUUGCGUUUUCAGACUCACUUGUUGAACCGCCUUAAUAGCCUUCAGCAGCAACUCAACUUCGUCCCUUCGUAUCCUUCCGGUAGUGGCGUACCAUCGCAAGCCUUGGAAAGCAUCAUCCAGGCUGAGCAAGUUCCCUGCGUCAGCGCCUUCUCUCCCACCCAUGCAGAGGCUAUGGAAUAUUCUUUGAAUACCAACGUGGAAGUAUGGAAAACAGGUACCAUGUCGAAAAUUGAGUCGCCGUCGCCACCAUCUCAUAAUGACAACAACCAUAACAACAACAAUAAUAUGCUUCCCUUCUCAGCACCCACCACUCCUAAUGCAGUGCUAGACUGCCAUGAAAUUACUGGCUCCGGCUCCAGUAUUAUAUCUCCAAUGCCUCAACUAGCUCAGGAAACCAUCUCUCUAGACGAGCGAAUGGAGGGCAUCAUGGAGAAAGUUCGAGCAGCUGGCUUUGAUAGCUUUGAUGCCCUUGUAUCUGCGUAUUACUGUGGCAACUUUGGAGAGGCCUCCUUUCUAGCUAAUGAGCAGCGACUGAGCCGUAAUAGGCGCUUGCCUAAAGUCAUUGACGAUGUAUUUCAAGCAACCAAGCAUUGGAGCGCGUGGGAGCGCCGUGGUUUCCAAGAGGAAAUACUCAAAACAGCCGAGUCUAUGCUGAAAUCUGAGGCUGCCAGUGCCCACAAUCCUCUAAUGGCCAAGAUUACCCCUCUUCUCGACUUACACGAGAUCACUAACCAGGUUUCUACCGCUGAAGCCCUUGUUGAUUUGAAGCGAUCUAUUCAAGACCAGUUACCCAACUCAUGGGCGCUAGGGAUGGCCUUAUCAUUUGACAGCCGCAAUUCAUGGCAGAGAGACCGCUCGAAUACGGCACUCGCAACAACUCUCCUCACGAACUUCUCAGGACGAAUACCCAACGACCAAUUGUUGCAGAUUAUUGGCGCAUGCCUCUGA